GGUGUAUGUUUUUUUUUUUGUUACUGUCACACACAACAACAGCUAAAUGUUCUCAAUAUUUUCGUAAUAAUAUCAAAAAUUAAACUAAUAAAAACAACUGUUUGUGAACAUAUUUAAAAAUAUUUUUGUGUAUAUUAUUUACAAUAAACUGGAUUACAAAAUAAUACACUCAAAAUUGUAAGUAACAUAAAAAAACUAAUCACUCAAAGAAACAAAAUAAAAAAAAAAAAAAUUUACUUUGUUAAAAAAUUUUAUCUUGUCAUCCGUCUUUUUUUGAUAUUUUUGAGGUUAAAAAUUAAAAAUACAAAUAAAAAAAUAUAGCAUAAUUAAUAGCCAUAAAAUAAUAAAUAACAAAAAUAUUAUCUUAUAAAAAAAAAAAAAAACGAAAUAUAAACAAAAUGAGUGAUAUGAUGGAUUGUGAUGAAAUAACAACAAAUCCAGAAUUUUUAAAAUACCUAACAAUGGUUGUAAUGGGUUCACCAGAUGACAUUGAAAUUGGCUGGAAUAAUUUAAAUAAAUAUGAUGAAAAGCUACAAGAUAAUAAUUUACAUGACAUAAGUGAUAUAAUUAGAAUGAUUGUUGGUAGAGAAAUUAAAAAUAUAAAUCAAGUACCAAAAUUAAUGAUUUAUUUUUCUCAAAAAUUAAAAGAUAAUCCAUUUGAUGUUAAUAAUUUACAUACAAAUAAUUAUACAUUAUUUUUAAAAAAUACAGCAUACAAUGACAUUGAAUUAUUAUCAGAUAUAAUUGAUACAUUAUUGCUACAUAAAAAUAUAUACUUAUCAACAUUAACAAGUAAAUUAAAAUUUUGUGAAGCAGCAGUACGUUGUUUGGGUGAUUUUAAAAUGCCAGACCAGCCCAAUUUAAUAGUAACAUAUAGAAAAUCAUCAUUAAGCAUACAACAAUCAAUAAAUAAAUUAUUUGAUGAUAUAAAUAUUAUUGAUAAAGAAAAAUUAAUAUUUAAAUGUUUAGAAACAUUGUAUGAUAUUAUAUCUGAUAUUAAUAAAAAUUACAUACCUGGUGCAGCAUUAGUUGGUAUAUUACAAUUAGUACAAGAUGCAACAAUUGAAAAAUCAGUUAGAUGGAUUAUAGUUAUAUCAAAAAAUGAUGAUUGUCUUGAAGAAGCAUUAAAAACAUUAUGCACAUGGUUAACACAAUGUCUACAUGAUACAACACUCAAUAAAUGGAUAACAAAUUUUAUAAAUUGUUUAGAGGAAGUUAAAAAAUACAAUGUAUUAACAACAUUUGCUGAUGAAUUUUUACCAAAAAUGAUACAAUUGUUGAAAGUACCAAUGGCAAGAUCACACAGUGUUGCUGUUAUUUAUCGUAUAUUAAGAAGUCAAAGUACACCAACAUUAUUUCAUCGUGUUAUUAAAGAUAUUGAAAUAACAUUUAUUAAUUUAUCAAAUGAUACAAGUGAUUCAUCUAAAAAUGCAUUACAAAGUUUAGUUGAUUGUACUAAAGCAUUAAUAUUAAGAUUUCCUGGUUAUAGUAUAUAUAAUAAAUUAGAAAAAGCAUUUCCACUUGAGCCAAGAAAUGAAGUUGUUAAUAAAAUUCUCAAAGGACCACAAUGGAUUGGUGAUAAUAAUAAUUAUGAUAAUAAAAUUGUUACAAAUAAAUAUUAUUUUAAUAAUUAUGGUAAAGUUGGUUUAACUAAUUUAGGUAAUACAUGCUAUAUGAAUAGUGUAUUACAAGCAUUAGUUAUGACUAAACAAUUUUGUCAACAAGUAUUAUUAUAUAAAUCAACAAUUGAUAAUAAUAAUACAAAUAUUAUAUUAAAAAAAUUACAAAAUUUAUUUGCAUUAUUAUUGUAUUCAAAAAGAAUAACAUUAUCACCAACUGAAGUACUUUAUGCAUCAAGACCAGCAUAUUUUACACCUGGACAACAACAAGAUAGCUCGGAAUUUCUUUGUCAUUUACUUGAUGUUAUUUAUGAACAAGAAAAAUCAAUUUCAUCACAAACAGAUGAUAUAAUAAAAAUUUUAAAUCCAAAAAUUAAUGAACCAACUUGUGAUGUUGAAGAAAUAUCAAUGGAUAUUGAUACUUGUGGAACAAUUAAAAGAUGGACAACUGAAGAAGAUUUAACUGAAGGUACAACACUAAUAAAAACUCAUUCACUUGAUGAUUUUACUGAUGGUAAUGAACUUGCAACAACACCACAAUUAAGUGAUUCACAUUCAGAUUCAACAGACAGUGGUAUACAAUCAGUUGGUGGUGAUGAUACAUUAUCAACAAAUUUAGUAUAUCGUGUAUUUGGUGGUGAAUCUAAAAUAACAUAUAAAUGUGCACAGUGUAAUACUAGUUCACAUAAUACAGAUAAAUUUCGUGAUUUACAAUUAUGUUUUCCUGAAAAAAUACAAGAAAAUCAAGAUGUAUCUGUACAAGAUUUAAUAAAUUAUUAUUUAACACCAGAAAAAUUAACUGGUGAUAAUAAAUAUCGUUGUGAUAAAUGUAUUGAAUUAUGUGAUGCACAAAGAAUUAUAAAAAUAUUACGUUCACCAUCACAUUUAAUAUUAACAUUAAAACAUUUUCAUUAUGAUACUGAAAGUCGUUUACGUACAAAAUUACGUCAUAAAGUAAUAUAUAAUGAAACAAUUAAAUUACCAGUUACAACACAAUCAUCAACAAUUGAUGAAAAUUAUAAAUUAUAUGCUGCUGUUGUACAUUGUGGUUAUAGUAUGGAUUAUGGACAUUAUUUUACAUAUGCCAGAGAUAGUAAAUUAAAUUGGUAUAAAUUUAAUGAUAGCUAUGUAUCAAAAACAACAUUUGAAGAUUUUAAAUGUUUAGAAUCACCAGAUACACCAUACAUAUUAUUCUAUGAAAAAAUACAAGAUAAUCAUUCAAUUGAUAAUAAUAAUAAUGAUGAUAAUGAUAAACCAGAUAUUAAAAAUUUAAAUAAAUAUUUACAAGAUUUAAUUAAUAAUGAUCAUUUAUCAUACAAUGAUGAUUUUAAUAAACAAAAUGAAAAAAAAAAUUCACAAUCUGAACGUAAUAUAUUAACGACAUAUAAAAAAAAUGAUAAUUAUGAUGAUGAUAAUAAUCCACCACCAAGUAAUUGUCGUAGUGAAAUUGAUAUGCAGCAUAAUCGUUAUUUAUUUUAACUAAAAAAAAAUUAUUAAUUAUAAUUAUUAUAAUAAUAAUAGUAAUAAUAUUAAUACAUGUGAGUGGUUAUAAUAUUUAUUUAAAUCUAAAUUUUUUUUUACAAUUUGGAGAGAAGCUUGAUUUUAUUUUUUUCAAUUAAAAAAAAAAAUAGAAAUUGAGAAUUUUCUGAGGUUUUUUUUUUGGGCUUCCGUUUCUCAGCUUUGACUGAUUAAUUUAUUUUCUUUUUUUUUUUUUCUUUUUCUUAUGCAAUGCCCAACAUGAUGAUUUAAUUAUUUUUAUUUCCAAGAUGAAAUAAAUAAAUAAUAUAAACAUAAAAAAUUAUUAUUUUUAGUUUGUUUUUUAGUAUAAAUUAUUAUUAGAAAUGAAUAUAAUUGAAGUAAUUAUGUAUUUUAUUUUGUAGCCUAUUAUUGUUAGCUGAUAAUUAUUUUUUUAACAUUAAUAUUACAUUAAUUUAUUUAAUUUUUAAUGGAUACAUGUUUUAUGUAAAACUGAAAUUAUUAAUUAUAUUUAUUCAAUGGUUGAAUAUUUUUUCAAAUGGGCAACUUUUAUUAAUGAAUAAAAAUAUUAUAAUAAUAGCUGAUUUUAUAUAACGUAAAAUAAAAAAAUUUAUAUAUAUUAGUAUAAAAAUUUUAUUUAAUCAUGCAAAAAUAUAUAAAAUAUACUAAUGAAUAUUAAAAAACUUUUUUUUUUAAGUGUAAAUAAUUUCAAGUGUAGAUGAAAUUUAAAUGAAAAAUGAAAAUUUAAUCGUGUUGGACAAAUCUGUGAUAAAUUUUUAACUUGCAAAGUAAACUCAGUUAUUUAUACGAAAAAAAAAAAAUACAUAAAAA